GUAAUGUCAAUAUGUCAUCGCCUCAUCGGUGGCGCAUCAGGCGGAGAGGCUGCAACCUCAGGCACCCCGAAUCUGUCCAAGAAGGCCAUAUAUGGAGGCUUCCUUUCCAACUGCUCAGCCAUGGAGGCGUCUCACUGCUGCCCAUCUCAACUUGGCACCAGCGUCAACAAUAGUCCACCUCCUCUCUCUGGUGCCGCCCCGGAUGAUUCAGCACAAAGCUAUGCUCUUUCCUGUUGGCUAUUGUUUUGCUACGGCCAACUCCCUACUACGGCGACGCUAUCUGUUGAUUUGAAGACGGCGCUCCACUUCCUCUCCCCACUAUCUCCACAGGAAACUGAUGCAUUGCGCUUUAAAGUCUGCUCGGCCUCGCCUCAUUUCGUUCCAUCCUCCAGUACGGAUGGGUCUCUAACACACAAUCACUGCCUCCGGACUACGUGCUCGACGACGCCCAAGUAGUCAUAUUCGUUGGUUUUGGAGAAUCACAGAAUGCUCUUUGCAUUAUCCAGCUGGGCAUGGGGUUGGUCAUCCACGGGAAGUUUCAUGUGGACGUGGAUGGUCACGCCGUACGUCAUUAUCUGAUCCUUCUCCUUGAUCAAGCCCAUAUGUUUCUGCCAAUAACCGUCGUACAUGUAUGACUAGAAACAAGAACAGGGAUUUGUUUGCCACAUAUGUUCUUUCAGUAAGUUUUUUUCUGUGCAAUAUGUCUUGAGAUUCAUUUCAUCAUCUACUUCUUGGCAUCCAUCAAGCAAUAGCAUCUCGAGAGCAACAUUUAUCAGACCAACUUGCAAAUGAAGAAUCGUCCACAUCAA